AUGGACUUCUCUCUGUUUUGGUUUAAAGGAGACCUGGGUCACCGUCAGACCUGGGCCACGGUCAGACCUGGGCCACCGUCAGACCUGGGCCACGGUCAGACCUGGGCCACGGUCAGACCUGGGCCACGGUCAGACCUGGGCCACGGUCAGACCUGGGCCACGGUCAGACCUGGGUCACCGUCAGACCUGGGUCACGGUCAGACCUGGGCCACGGUCAGACCUGGGCCACGGUCAGACCUGGGUUGUCUUACGGUCAUCACUGGAGACACUGUGGAGGAUAUGGCGGCUCUGCCAUGGACCGGACCCACAGAACCCACCGGACCCACAGAAACCCACUGGACCCACAGAAACCCACCGGACCCACAGAAACCCACCGGACCCACAGAAACCCACCGGACCCACGGAACCCACCGGAUCCACAGAAACCCACCAGAUCCACAGAAACCCACCAGAUCCACAGAACCCACCAGAUCCACAGAACCCACCGGAUCCACAGAAACUCACCAGAUCCACAGAAACCCACCAGAUCCACAGAACCCACCAGAUCCACAGAACCCACCGGAUCCACAGAAACCCACCGGACCCACAGAAACCCACCAGAUCCACAGAAACCCACCAGAUCCACAGAACCCACCAGAUCCACAGAACCCACCAGAUCCACAGAACCCACCAGAUCCACAGAACCCACCGGACAGCCCUGGCUGCCACCCUCCCCACCCAGAAAUGGAUUAA